GAGAAGAAACAUCUGAUUUCUGUCGAGCGCCAUUGCGAUCGAGUGUUUUUGGGGGAUUUUGAUCAGAGAGGCUGAAACUGAGCAUCUUAACCUGCUGGCACUUGUUCAGUCUGCAUUUCACAUGCAGAUGCACUGAAUGGUGAAAACUGGAUUGAACUCAUCAUUUGACCAUGGCAGCUGCUGCACACCAAUAAUGUUUGGAAUAAAAGCGAUACAUUGGAAGUAAGCGCGAUGUUUGGCAGUAGAGUCUCAGCCGAGCACUGAUAAAAGAAAUAAUGCUACUGGAUCAGCUGCGAAACUAUCAGAGGAACACUGUUAAACUUCAAUACAGGAAUAUACAGAACAAAUACAAGACGAUCUCACUAACUGGAGCAGUUCCUUCGGUUUGAAUACUGGAUGUAAAUCUUUGACUUCGCCUCAGAAGACUAGAGGACCCUGCAGGAUAAGCAUCCACAUGCCACUGAGAGGAACAGAGACACGGGAGGAUGUCAACAGAGGCAGAACUUCAAGUCAGUGUCAAGAAGGAGUCCAGAAGACGAGGUCGGGAUCGCAGCGAGCAGGCCCUGAUUCAGCGCUUCAGGGGCGACGGCGUCAGUUACAAGGCCAAGCUGAUUGGGAUUGAUGAAGUGACGGCCACACGCGGAGACAAGCUGUGUCAGGACUCCAUGAUGAAGCUGAAGGGCAUUGCUGCUUCGGCCCGCUCAAAGGGGAACCACAAGCAGAGAAUUUUCUUGACUGUGUCUUUUGGUGGAAUCAAGAUUUAUGAUGAGAGAUCAGGGGUCUUACAACAUCACCACUCUGUACAUGAAAUCUCCUACAUUGCCAAAGACACAAGGGACCAUCGCGCGUUCGGCUACGUGUGUGGGAAAAAAGGCAACCACAAAUUUGUGGCAAUCAAGACCAGCUAUUCGGCGGAGCCAGUUAUACUGGACCUGCGUGACCUUUUCACCCUCGUCUAUGACAUCAAACAGAGGGAGGAGUCACAGGAAAAGGCUCAGAAGGACAAGCACUGUGAACAAGCCGUCUAUCAGACGAUUCUGGAAGAUGAAACUGAUGAUCCGGUGUAUCAGUACAUUGUGUUUGAAGCCGGACACGAGCCGCUCCGUGGCCACCAAUCAGAGGAGAGCAUUUACCAGGUCCCCACAAGUCAUCAGAAAGACGGGAUCUAUGACGUUCCAAAACACCAUCUUAUGAGUAAUAUAAACCAGUUUGAUAUUUUCGGUGACAUGGCAACCCCCCCAGACAUCCUUUCUAUGCCAUCGUCGCCUGCUACCGCACUGGAUCCUGGAAGAAGGCGACGUCAGCACCGCCCAGAACUCUUCACCCAUUUUAGCCCACCGGCUAUGCCCUCAGGUUAUAUGACCAUGGGUCAUGCUCACUGGACCCAACAGUCUUUUGCUACCCAGGCUGCUCCAAUGGCUUUUGGGGUUCAGGGACCAUUGCAGGUGGCCCAGAUGCUUCCUGGAGGUCAGCCUGUGAUCUGGGGUCAGGCUAACCUCUUCCACUCUCCAGCCACGGGCCAGCAGCAAUGGGCGUUCGUACCAGCCCAGACAGUUGGCAUGGGGGCGCAUUCGAUUCCAGCUGCAGUGCUUCAGGGUAUGGUCCCCAUAGCUGCCAUGCGCCCCCACUCCUGUGAACCUCCUGAGACUUCAUCAAACAUUAUAAGUCCUCAGCACUUUGUAGAUUCUACCGUACAGCAGAGUGGAUCUAAGCACGCCCUAAACAAGGACCCCCAGGAGGAAGCAAUAGCUGUUCGCAUUAGCACAAGCAAACAUGACGCCGCACUGCCCUCUGGGAAACAGGAAAUGGACUGCUGUGGUGAGCUUGAUCUUUCACAGUUGAGAUUGACUUCAGGGUCAUCAAUAUCACCAUCCCCAACUGAUUCUUGUGCUACUCCUGGUCCGGAGCAGGAAACCAUGUCCCCAGCAGCUGCCUCCUCAAUAGAGUCAUCGCACCUGACUGCAAAAGACAGCUUAGUCAAUGUGCCAGAAGUUUUGGAGGCUUGUGCUCAAAUUCUUAGCACUGAUGAGAUACCACCAGAUGCUCAGAUAAACCUUCCAGACUCUUCACAGCUGGAUAUCCAAAGAGAGAUGUCUUCUGGGAAGAGUGUCUAAACAUACAGAAAAGCACUGAGAAAAUCCAGAAAUCACAGUGAUACAGAUGGGACUUAACUCUGUGUGAGCUCUGUGGGACAUUUGACAAAUACUAAUAACUGAUAGAAAGUUAAAUCUAUUUUAAUAAAUGAAGUGCACCUUUAGUUUGCGAUGGACUUGAAAAUUGGCUGUCUACCAGUAUAGCCACCAACUAUCUGAACUACUUCAGAAAUAUUUUUUGUAAAAUAAUAAUAAAAUGUCACAAUAUGAGAAAUUGGAUCAGUUAAAUCAAAGUUUAACUGUGAUGGACAUUUGAUGGACUUGGGGAUUGAUUUCUAUUGUCAUUUCUAAUGCACAAAAUUACCUGUGAAGCUGUGUAGUUGCAUUCUACAUCUGGAGAAGCCAAAAA